GAAGGCAUUAAAGACAUAGUUACUUAUUUGAUUUUAUAACAGCUCUGACUGCUUCCAGCAUUCUCAGCGGCCGUGACCUAGACAAGUACCUAGGAGUACUGACAUCUUAUCUAAGCCCAGUUCUCAUGAAUUCAAGCCGCAGCGUAUUUGUGAGAUGCUGGCAUGCCAAGACAGACGGAUGGGCUGCAGCGACAUUUCACAAGAACUGUGAUGGAAAAGGACCCACAGUGACACUCAUCCUGGUCAACUCUUACAUAUUUGGAGGAUAUACCAAUGUGCCAUGGAACGCUACAGGCAACCGAUGCCGUCACGUUCCAGCUGAUAAAGCCUUUAUCUUCUCACUCAACAACAGUAGAGACGCCCACGUGAAACUCUAUCAAUAUGGUGAUUCCACCCCCGCCAUGUAUGACUGUUUUAGAUAUGGACCCUCGUUUGGUGGAGGGGAUAUCUAUGUAACGAGUGACGCUGUCAACAAGAGUGACUCAUACACCCACUGUGGACACACGUACACCGCUCCCCCCGGAUAUUCACGCCAUACCAAUUGCCCAUUUUUCGCUGGUAGUUUUCGGUUUUCUCCUACCAACAUCGAAGUAUUCUACGAACAGUUGAUUUAAAGACAUUGACAUCUUUUUUAUCUUCAGGAAGCUAAGCAUAGGGAUAGUUUCCUUGUGCAUGCAUUGAAAGAUUUUUAAGAAGGCUGACAGUGCGUCCUUAGCAUUAGAGUAUUUUGUUUGUUGUCAAAUCAUACAUGGAAAAUCUGCAUUUCCAUCAUAAAUGACUUUAAAACUCGGUCGACUUGAUGUAAUGAGGAUUUUUCAAGCCAUGAUAUUUCCCUCCUUCAGGUUUUAGCGUUCAUGUUUUAGUAAGGAAAAUUAAAAGAUGAAAGGAACCAGGCAUCAGUUGAUAGCAGAAAUCUCAAGCCAGACCUCUAUAAAAACGAAUGAAAAAAUACUUAAUUUAUCGCACUGUUCUUACGUACCGUCUGAU